AUGUUAAGAUUGUCAAGACAGAGCUUGCUGGCUCUGAUAUGUGCAAAUGCUGCCCUUGCAACACCUACGAGUUUCUCAGACCGUAUACUCAGUCGCGAUCUCGAAGUACGUCAGGACAAUGCGACCAAAUGCCCCGUUACCUACACAUCGCGAAAUGGCCUCAACUUUACCUCGUACUGCGAGCAGAACAACCCGUUCAAUGAUGCAAUAAUUGAGAACGGUUUCGGUAAAUCCUUUCAGACAAACACUUAUCCAGAAUGUAUGGAGCACUGCUCACGCUAUUGGGGAAAUGGCGAAGGUUGCUUUGGUGUCGUUUGGGUCGAGAGCGCCGGCGCGUGUUGGAUAAGGAACAGCAACGUCUCUACCGCAAGCCUUGUGCCGUUGGCUGGCCACUAUUCCGCACUCGUCGACAGGAAAGAUAUGAAGGGAUACGAUACAGCAUGCCCGAAUACCGAUUUGUCGAUCAACACCCUGCCCGGCGUCAGUGGGAUGCAAUACACCACCCACUGCGGAAAGGUUAUUGGGGGCAACGACCUUUGCUUCAGUGGAUACCCAUGUUUGCCAAGCCCAUACUCAGGUUUCUACCAUGCGGCGACGCUCGAAGACUGCAUGGCGAUAUGUGUUGAUCAGCAUCCACUCUGUCGUUCUGUUUCCUGGAAUCCCGGUCUUGAGAUUGGUUUCGCCAACUGCUGGCCCAAAACCGGUACGGAUGCUGGAUUCGGAGACCCCGUCAAGAACACUGGUGUCUUCCAUUCUGCGGAGAUAACACAGUUUGACCAGGUCGACACAAAGUGCCCCUUGCGCCCCUCCUAUACUACCGAAUAUAGUAGAGACGAAAAUCAGAGUGGGGUCAUGUUCGAUAUCCACUGUGGACAGCUGAAUCAAGGCACAAACAUUACGAGCUUACAUGUGCAGAAUAUAACUGCCUGCAUGGAAGCUUGUGCAUCCAGCGACAAGGCGUGCAGAGCUAUACUGUUCGACUCCACACUCCAGGGCGGGUACAAGAACUGCUACCUACAAAAUACCACGAGCAUUAUCACGAACCAAUCAUUCUCCACUUACGCUGUCAUCCACAACAUCGACGUUCCCUCUUCUGCCCCCACUCCAGCCCCUUCUGCCAACGAUGACACCUCAUUGUCAAGCAAAGCGUGGAUCGCCGGCCCCGCCGUCGGCGGCGUGGUCGCUCUUGCAGCCAUUGGAUUCGCGAUCUUUUGGUGGCGUCGGAGGAAAUCAGCCAAGAGUGCUGGUGCAGAUAAAGAUGGACAUGCGAUGGGCAAUGCAGGAUACGGGCCCGCCCCUGCCUAUAGUCCGGCAGAAAUUGAUACGCGGCACUCGUAUUAUGAUGCCCAUGCUGCCGCGGAGGUGGAUGGCCACGGCACGAGUGAGAUGCCCGAUAGCACAAAGUAUGCGCAUAAUCACGGACCGAAGAGUGAGGCGCAGGAGUUGGCGGCAUAA